AUGGGCUCCCCUCCUGACUAUCUCCGAAACUACCCAACUAGCGUGAACGCCCUCGACAUUCCUCCGGAGCCGGAGAUGUGCUGGGACUUGUCAGCGCUUGAUCCAUGCCCUGAUGACUUUACCAUAUUCGGCAUGCGAUUCGACCGUGUCCAUGAUAUUAGAAGCAUCAGACUAUCGACUAUAAAGAUUCUUGGAGUACUGCAGUUCUGGGGAAUUUACUAUACACCCAGCCAAAAUCCGAGCAAGAGGAUGAUCAUGCAAAAUUUAUGGAAGAUGCUCUACUACAUGCCAGAAAGACACCGUCCCAAGUACUUUGCAGAGCUAUUCGACCUUCGCCGAGAUACUGGUCCCCGUCUCAUGGGCUGGGAGCAUUGGGAUGAAGACGUUGGACCGAUCAGCCGGCUCUACCCAGAUCGACCAGUUCCCAAUGCUCCAGUACAUCCUAAAUGGGUGCGCCCGAGUGAUGCGCCUGAUCAUUUAUCGGACAGUAUCAUUCAUCAAUUCAUGUUGCCCGUGUCCGAACCCCCUGAACCCGUCAGGUCGCCACGGCACAGGAAGCGGGAGGUUGAAAUAGCCGACCCCGUAAAGUCACGCGGAAGUGGGACUAAGCAGACUGAAAGACCGCAAGGCUCGGAACGUCGGAGGGAGAAGCAACAACCACCAAGAAUAUCUGAUGAGGGAGUUCUAGAGGCUGUCGAGAGGACUAUCUUAGAUUAUGCCUACCAUGACCUCCAGCGGGACCCCAACGCACCGGCCCGAGUGCCGGAGUCAUUCGCAACGGCUUCCUCCAUGCAUGACCUAGAGACGGUUCAGAUUGGAACUUUCCCUGCGCAUGCGUAUCUCAAACUAGAGCCGACCACGCUCCUCUUCGAUAACAGAUCGACUACUCUCUACCCAUAUCGAGGCAGGGGUCCAGUGUGGAAUCAGUACAGCUGCUCGGCUGACUGCGUUAUCGUCUUGGGUAUGUUACUUGACAUCGGAUGCACCAAUAUAGACCGUCGAAGCUGGAGAUACGGCGAGAUCACCGAGCUCGAAAAGGCCUUUAUCGAGAUUACAAAUGUCAACUGGGAGGCCCUUGACAUGAGUACAAAUAUUAAGUUGCGAGACCUGUUCUUGAGGAAGCUCUGUGCUACCGUCCCUUCCAUCAAGCUUGGACAGCCCGGUCCAGCGUGGGCUAUCUGGUCCGAGUGUACAAGAAAUUUUGCGCAAUUCUAUUAUAGGUUCUCUGUACACCACCAGGCGUAUCACAACACCAGUGAAGGUGUAUGGAUGUCAGAGUUGAUCGAAGGUUGCAUAUUCAAACCGCGUGAAACCAAAUGUACUCAUUGUGAUACGAGAACUAUUCGUUCGGAUACAAGAAUUGAUGAGCUUCCACUUCGCUUGGUCGUAUCAAAUUACGUGGGGUUUCGAGUCCGGAUCAACAACCACACUGAAAACCUCAACUUUCGCUACCGUGAUUCGAAUGGAAAGGAGAAAUUUGCAGCUUAUCGCUGGCUUGGAGGGAUCUACCACAAAGAUGGCCAUGUGCGUGUCUAUUGGACUGACCAAGAGCGAGGCGAUAACGACGGUGAAAACAUCCGCAUGUACGAUGACGAAGUGAACGAGGGAGUCAUUAUCGGCGGCAUUCCCCCUCAGCAUCCCUCGGAUCGAGUUCCCCAUGACUGGACCGAUAUUGGGUUCUUGAUUGGUAUCUACGAACGUGUCAUCAAUCCCUCCAAGGAGAUGCUAGAUGCUGUUAUUUUCAGCACCAAUAGCUUUAAGCGUAUGGCCGCCCUAGGUCGAUCGGUCCUAACAUGCCACACCCCGUGGGAAUAUGUUCGAUUGCCGGUCCCUGAAGAUCCAACUUCCAGGACUUCCAUUCUCCCGCGAGAGGAUCAUGUUAUACCCGUGACUACUAACCGUUUUCGAGAUGUAAAUAUUCACCAACUUCCCACUCCAGUGCAGAUUACAUCGCGCGCUACGUCAAAGGCAGGGUCAACACCUGGGAUAAAUCAGGCUGACAUCGAAAUGCAAGAUCUGGACAGUCUGCUUAACGCCUGGCCGCCAGAUAAUGUACAUGAAGUGAACUCGGAGAGACCACCCGCAUACUAUAACUUGUUUGACUCAGUGCUCAAUUCACCCUCCAGGUUGGCCGAAUUCCCUGAGAUGUGGCCUCAAGGUCUUCCAGGAGAUAACGGCGCCUUCAACUUCCCGUCUCUUCCACGGGCCGACGAUGCAGAUAACUUGCCUUUCAGCAUGCCACGUACCCCAGUCAUGGAUUAUGUGCACUGGCCUAGUCCGGAUAAUGAUAUUUUCAUGGGUGGAAUGGAGUGGGGGACGCAUGCUGGCGCAGUCCGACGCUCUGGACGUCGCUUCCGACCCUCAGCUCCAUUUGCGAGAGCUGAAAAGCCUUUGAGGAGGCUAUUAGGGGUAACAGGCUCGGAUGAAAUGCCCAAUGGCCCUUCUAUGACCUCUUCCAGAGACAAAACCCCAGCUGAGAAACAGAACAAGGCUCCUACCAGAAAAACUCACCAGGAAUACACGAAGAAAGCCCCUGCGCAGGGCUUUGCAGUAGAAUUACCGAGUGUGCGCCCGACCAAGAAGGUACCAGGCAAGAAAGUGCAGGACGAAAAAAAGGGCUCUGGUUCUAUUAAGAAAGCAGCGAGAGAGACGACAGUCAAUGCUGGAAAACGAGGCGAGAAGUCCUCCAAUGAUGAGGCUCGGACAGCGACAUCUAAAGACAUUGGCAAGAAGAAUAAACAGAAAUCCUCUACAAAGGGCAAGCCGACCAGAGAGUCUCGAAAGGAUAAGAAAGGUAGAGAUGCCGAGGAAUGCAAGGAAGCAAGAUCUGCUCAUGGAGGUCCCCCAGAGCCGAGGCCUUAUUGGAUUCCCCGGCCUGACUCAGGGGAACUUCGGAUGUGGAAGACGGCGAUGCGGAAUGCAAUGAGCCAGUCACCUAACAAGAGGGCUCGAUUCGCAGAUGAUUUGGAACCGGAGCCAUCAAAGAGAAUGAGGCCAUAG